CACUGUCAUUUAUAUACUUUCUUAUGUGCUAUUAAUUUCUGGUUGGGAAAAGUAAGCCUGACAUUUUCUUUUAUCCGUUAUUUAUCUUCACACUCUUGACGCAGUUUGUCGGAACAAAGUAAGUGAUGACAAAGCAACUUUCGGGUUGCAGUGUUAAAUACUGUGGGUGUGGACAGCUUGGCAGGAAAGGGAUACAAAAACUAGACUGUUAGCUGGGUGUUUGUUGCAGACAGGACAUUUUUUUUUGGGUGAGUACAGUUGCCUUUUAUACUAAGUUGGAUAUCAACUGUAGAUCUCAGGGGUCUUCCUCUCUUCCAUAUCAACAAAUAUCAGCUUGAAGAGGAAGGGUAGUUAUGUAUAAAAGGUCUGAUCCGGGACUGUUCUGAAAGUAACGUGUGCUAAGAGCUUCAAAAGGAAUAUAAAGAUGAUUGGUUCAUGCCAUAUGAAGGUGAAUUGGAUUCAGCAAGCAUAACCAAGACCUCCAGACGACCUUCUUUCCAAGUACAAACCUCUCACUGCACUGUGAGGAUCAUUAUUGAUUGUAGUCAUGUUUUGAGUUAGUUUCCACCAUGCCUGCUGAGGAUGUUGGUCCAGGUCGGGGUGAAAGGAGAAGGCUGCCCUGGCUGUUUCUGGUGCUGGUUGUUGCUGCCAUCACCACCUCCUCCCUGUCUGUGAUCUCCUUGUACCAUGUGCUGGCCUUGAAGGCCGAGGUGGAGGGUUUGAGGACCGAGGUGUUCCGCAAGAGAGAGGAGCAAAGCGGGACGCUAGAAGAAUCCAUGAAGGGGGCAGAGAAACAAACCCAUCAGCAGGAACAAGAAGACAUCAAAGGCAGAAUUGAGUAUCUGCAGCAGACUGAGAUGGAUGAUACCACAACAGACCAUACUGGCAUGUCAAAAAGGACAAUGGGGCAUGUCUCAAACAAAGCAGAAUCCCAAGCCUUCUUACAGAUGAUGGCAGACAACAGGAAGAAAACCUUCCAGAAAGAGUUUGCUUUGGAAUUAAGCACAGCCAUCCCAUGGCACGUUGGUCUAAAGCGCGGCUCUGCUCUGGAGGAAGAUCAGGACACCAUUUUAGUCAAAGAGGAGGGAUUCUUCUUUAUCUAUAGCCAGCUUUCCUUUUCCCAGGUCUACUAUACAGACUCGACGUUCGCUAUGGGCCACAUUGUGAUUCGUAUAAAGAAAAAUGUUGUAGGAGACGAGAGUCAGCACGUCGUUUUGUUCCGCUGUAUUCAGAGCAUGAACCCAGUCAAUCACUUCAACACCUGCUACACUGGAGGUGUAGUGAAACUGGACUCUGGGGACAGACUGGAACUUCUGAUUCCUCGUACCCAUGCAAAUAUCUCUCUGGAUGGGGAUUCCACCUUCUUCGGAGCAAUAAAACUGGCCUGACUAUGGGACAGGACUUUGGAUCAGACACUGAACGAGACUGGAUAUUAUCCAUUGGUGGAAUUGCUAUUGACAUUCACAGGACUUCACGAAUACAAAAGCUGCUCUAUGCUGUGGAGUAUUCUUGAAACUUUCUUCAUAAAGCUAUUUUGUAUCUAGGAUAAACGUUC